CCCCCGCCGCCCCCCAGCAUCUUCGGGGUCUCCCCCACCCACUCCCGCCAAAUACAGGGACCCCCCUCACGGAACCAAGUUCUCCAGGGGUGUCCAAGCAAAAACGUUCAAUUUCUCUCUUUUUUUUUCUUUACCCAGUAACUCAGUCUCAAGGCCCAGAAUCAAAGGGAGAGAAGGAGGAAAAAAAAAUCACACUAGUUUUUAGCACAAAACCAUGGAUUUGGCCAUUUUGAGCUGAUUUUGUGAGAACUGAAGAGUUGUGGGGUUUUUUUUUUUAAUCUGUACUCCUGAAACACUAGGUUUUUAUUCCAAACUUGGGUAGAAUGGAAGGCGCCCAGAUAAACGCUUGUUUUUAUUCUCUUUGUUGCUGUCUCUAAAAGAGAUGGAAAUGCACUUAUUUUAACUUAGAAAUUACCAACGUUUUUUAAGUAGCAAUUUGAUAGUGUGAUAUUUGGUGAUCUCUGGAAGAUGCCCAUUUCUCUAGAAAAGGAAUCUGGAAUAGGAGAGAGAGAGAGGGAAAAAAAUACUUAAUUUUUACAGAUCAGAUGGCUCCCUUGUGAAAUGCUGAAGCUUGAUGGCUUUAAGUUUUUUGGUUGUUAAAUUACAAUUGUCUCUUUACCAUCUUACUCCUAAAGAGAAUGUUUGCAAUCCUCUUGAAUUCUUUUCCUGUUUAUAAAUUCGGGGAAAUGAAAUUUUAAAAUUUAUUGAGUUCCAACAUUUUUUUAAAUUUUCUCUUAGGGAUUAUGGCUGAUAGGCAGGUAAUGGUAGCAAGGUUUGGGCCUCUCUUAAAUUUUGGAACAGCCAGGCCUAGCGUUGGGCACAUGGUGGCUGUCUUACGGGUACUGGAGAUUGUAGAACUUAGUUAUUUAACAUUGGAAGAGCUGCAAAGAUUUUUAACUAAUAAGGAGUGUCAGAUCUAUAGUGAAAAGUUAAAUAGGUUACCUUAACUAAUAAUGUCUUUUUCAUGAUUGUACUCUAAAUGAAAGGUGUAAAAAAUGCAGUAUGUUGAAUCUACCAACUCCAGGAGGUAGAUAUUAAUAGCUCUGUUUUAGAGAAAAUGAAAGACUAAUUGAAUGUUCUAGGUUGCAAAAGCUAGUCAAAAGGCUGAGCAAGGAUUUUCAUUUGAAACUGGAGCUCAUUCCUAGGACAAAUAUAUAAUCUGAAAUGCAUACAUCUAUCUGUCUGGGGUAAAUUUUGCUACUUAUAAAAUGUUCAUGAUAUACAGGAGGAAGGAUAUGAAGGGAUUUGACUUAGAAUAAUGUGGUAAUUAGACUUCUGUAGAUUCUGUUGAUUAGACCACAUGUGGCAGGGACUGUGUCAUAAGUUUAGUUCAGUUUUAUUUUCUCACCCCUGUUUUAUAGAUGAGGAAAGAGUUAACUUCCUUAGUUUUCUCCAACUUGACAAAUGACACUUUAUAGCUUAGAUCUUAAAACUUUGAACCCUAGGGUAUUUUUUACUCCAGUUUCCUUCAUUGUCCACAUCUAACACAUCAGCAAGCUCUGUUGACUUGACUUGACUUACCCUCCUCAAUAGGUCUCAUAUCUGUUCAUUUAUCUUCAUUUCCACUAUGGCCAUCCAGUCUCAAGUACUCAACUCUGAAAUUUUCUGAUACACAUUUCUAACUAGCCUCCCUGCUGCCACUUGUACCUUCCUACAAUCCAUUUUCCACAGCUGCCAUGAUUCUUUACCUUUUUUUUUUAUCCUCAUCUGAGAAUUUGAUUUUAGAGAGAGAGAGAAACAUCCUGUUCCCACCUGACCAGGGAUUGAACCCAUAACCUAGGUUGCAAAGAAACUUCUGAUCUUUCUAUCAAAAUGAAGUAUGAUUUUAACUAUAACCAUGUUCAUUCUGGAAUUAAGCUGGUAAAACCGGAUGACAGUGGAAGGCUAGGUUCCUACACUUCUGCAUGUUUGGAAAGUUCUAAUAAAGACUGCAUUAAAGACUAUGAAAGGCUAUCAGAUAUCGGGUCACCCAUUGUGAGCCCCAGGAUUGUAGAAUUUGAAACUGAGAACAAACCCUUGCAUAACAAGGAAAAUCAACAUGUGCAACCAACACUUAAUAGAUCAAAUGGAAUAGAAGAACUAGAAACCAAUGGACCUUAUGAAGACAGUGGCUAUUUUUCAUUUUCCCAAAAGAGUGUCCUGGAUGAACAGGAAGAGGCUAGCCUUUCCCUGGAAGAAAAUUGCAAUGACAGUCCACAGUCUUGUCUACCUCAGACUCAAAGCCCAGGCCAAUAUCCCAACAAAAACUUGAUGCCAGCUCUUCAUUUUGCAAAAGUUGUUUGUUCAACAUUAAAAAAGAGUGCCAGACGGAAUCAUAAAAUAGAUUGGGAGAAGCUAAAGGAAUAUGAUGUAGGUUUUCGACUACAGAAUAUAAUUGGCAGAAAAAUGGGCCUAGAAUAUGUAGAUAUUCUCAGUGAACUCUUUCGAAGGGGACUCAGACAUCUCUUAGCAAAUAUUUUAACACAGCUCAGCGAUAUGGACUUAAUCAAUGUGUCUAAAGUGAGCAUAACUUGGAAGAAGAUUCUAGAAGAUGAUAAGCGAACAUUGCAGUUGUACAAUAAAGCAAUACAAAGAGUUACUGAAAAGAACAUUAAGUUUUCAUCUAAUGCUUUAACCAGAGAAUAUGGCAUGUUUAGAACUGCAUUAGCUUCUGUUCAAAAAUCAGCAGCCCAGACUCCCCUCAAAAAUGAUGCUCAAGACAAGUUAUCUGAUCCAGCUGAUCAGAAAGGUCCUACUUAUAGUUGGCACAAUGAAUUCUCUGAGGUUGCCAAGACAUUGAAAAAGAAUGAAAGCCUCAAAGCCUGUAUUCGCUGUAAUUCACCUGCAAAAUAUGAUUGCUAUUUACAGAGGGCAAUCUGCAACAGAGAAGGCUGUGGGUUUGAUUAUUGUACAAGAUGUCUGUGUAAUUAUCAUACCACCAAAGACUGUUCGAAUGGCAAGCCUCUAAAAGCCAGUUGUAAAAUGGCUCCUCUGCCUGGUACUAAGAAAAGCAAGCAGAAUUUACGACGAUUGUGAUAUCUUAUUAAUAUCUGUUAUAGCUGAUUAUGAAGGUUAGUCAGAAAAUGUUAGGUUUUAAUUUAAAAAAUUAAGAAUAUUGUGAUUUUCAAUUUUAUGUUGAAUUGAGUAUCCGGCAAGGGAUUUCUCUGCCCGCCUUCUAAGUGGAGGAUGCAAACCUCUUAAAAUAUUUUAUAAUUUAAUGUGAAAAAGUUCAAAGUUCUCAGCAUAAGUCAGGAAAUUUAAAUAUUUUAAGAAAAAAAAUUGUCACCUGAUAGUUGUUUUAGAGAUAAAAUAAAAUUGACUGAAUGUUUUAAUAAAGAAGCUCAUGUAAUUUUACCUACACAAUCUUACCUAAAUUUUGUUUACCAUCUAUUAGUAUUGGAGACAUUUUACUUGCCUUACCAAAUUAAUGUCUUUUGAAGUAGCAAGUCUGGAGUCUUAAUUUAAAUGUUUUGUCACAUUUCUUUAAUGUCUUUUUCAGUGUGUAUAUUUCCAUGUGUCCUUUGUGAAAUCCUGUUUGCUUUGAUUUGUAAAGUCUGUAUGUUUUAAUAUUUUUGUAAAUAUAUAAAUAUUUCUAUUUUUAUGUGAAGAAAAUAAAUGAUUUGUAUAUAUAUGUAAAAAUAAAUUUUGUCCU